AUGGAUGAUACAAUGGCAGAAAAUGCGUUUUCUUUAAAAAACGAUGACUUUUAUGGUUUUAUUCACGGAUUAGUUGGACAACAAAUAGUGGACAUUUUAAAGUUUCAAUCAAUAACAUCUGCACAAUCCUUAAUCCGAAAUCUGAAUAUUUUUGAAAUAUUUAAUAUGAAAUGUUCGGAGCCUAGUUUCUUAUUAAUUAGAGAAAAAUCAUGUUUGCAACUUGACGAUGGUCAAUUUAUUAUAAAAAUUGGGUUAAUGAAUAAUCUAAAUUAUUUACUUGAUCUUUUAAAACAACAGCAACAAAAGAAACUAAUGGAAAAUAGUUAUAUUGAAGCAUAUCCAAGUUUAUCAUUCGAUUUUAUCAAUAAGCAUCCAUUGUUAAAAAGUUUGAUC